UCUUCGAACUUCAAACUUGAAACACAAACACGCAGAUAUAUUUUUAUUUAAACUUUUCUUACGUCUUUUCUUAUGUUCAUUUUUUUGUAACCAGACGGUAACAUUUCAGUGUGAUUUAUUAUGGAAACCAUAACGCCAGACGUUAAACAAUUGACGGGUAAAGAAUGCCGCGAAUUGCUCUACGUACGAUCGACAAGGCCUGUUCGGGUGGUCCCAGCUUUUACGUAUCAAGCUUUGCAAAAGAACACUGUCGUAGAACCGCCGGAGAAAAUUGAUAUAUUUAAGAAACAUGUGAUAGCGGAAACUUUUUUCAAGAUCUUUUUACGUCGUGGUGAUAUACCCGUCGCUAGCUCCGGUAAGGUGCUGAGGAAAAACUCCAAGGAAUAUCCAGUUAAAUGGUAUUGCACACCGCAAGAUUUAGAUUAUUGUUACUAUUUACCAAUAUUCGUUGAUGGAUUAUCCGAUAAUGAUGUUGAGAUUCGGAAAUUGGCUCAAUACGGUGCAAUGGAUUUGAUACGUAGAGCGCCACAUAAAAUAUUGCCCGUUUUACCGAAACUUGUACUACCACUAAAGCGUGCCCUUAAUACACGUAACAAGAAGAUCAUGAUUGCUGCCUUAAAGGUGCUUCAGCUAAUGGUGUUGAUCGGUCCCUGCGUUGGUCAAGCUUUGAUACCCUAUUAUCGGCAAUUAUUAUCGCCUUGCAAUCUGUUCAAGAAUAUUAAUGUGAACUUAGGACAGGGAAUCGAUCCGGAUCGAGAUCGUCGCAUUGGCGACGUUAUCGAGGACACUUUAAAUGCCCUAGAACACUGUGGAGGACCAAAUGCUUUCAUUAAUAUAAAGUACAUGGUGCCAACCUAUGAAAGCAGCAUAUAUCCCCGCUGCGAGACGGGCCAACCGAAGGCGACCGGUGGCGAUGCAACAUCCCAUCCCCGUUAGACUACGCAAAGCAAUUUUCACCACCUUAAACUUUGAUGUUGGUGUGAUGGUAUAAAGUUAAAAGAGAAUAACCACACUGGAGCGAGUUACGAUUUUUUUUUUGCAAAAUAUUGUUUUGUAGAUAUUUUGGUUUUUUUUUUAUUUGUAUUUGUUGGUCUUUAAUAGCGAUUUUUUAUAUAUUUUUAUUUAAUUUUUUACAUUGCUUGAUCCCCAAAAAUCAAUUACGAGAGAUAUACAUAAGUAAGGCUUUAUUAAAUUACUUACACCAAAUUUUAACAACAUAAAUAACACUGUUGCAAAUUUUAAGAAUUUUGUUGACAAAAACUAGUGAAAAUUGGCAAUGAUCUAGGAAUGAAAUUUAUUUUAAUAAAAAGUAUUUAUUUGAGGCUGUAACUCUUCACUCUAACUCCGAUUCCGGGAAUGACGAAAAUGACUACACAAGAAGCAGGUUGGUUUGUUUAAACAUCGGCCGAAUACAGAUUAACUUACGAUUAUAUAAGUAAUGCAUAUUCUCAUCGGUCACCUUUAUAGUACAAGAGUUUUUAUCUUCUUUUCUAUUAAGUUUUCCACCCAUUUCCAACGAGAUUCCCAAAGCUUUUCAGAUAGCUUAAAAGGAAUAUUUACUCAUGUAUACGAACUUCAAAAAAAAAUCUUUUCAGCCCACGUUAACCUUAUUGUGACAGUCGUUCU